AUGAGUCUUUUCAACAUCAUAAGCCGAGCCUUUCCUCCCCCACGCCCUCCACAAGCCGAAGAGUCUUCAUCCUCACGGCUUCCUUCAACUCAUACCAACGCAGCUGCCUCUGCAGACGUCACUGGAACCACUGUCGCUCAAAACCCUCCUCCUUCCUACCGAGAAGUCACGGCGCCCAAGUUAUGGAAGGUGGAUCUCUGGUUUGGAUCUGACCCCGAAUUGUUAAGGGAGGCAAUCCCGCAAAUGAAACUGGACACCGGCUGGGAAGCCCACCUCGAGCUUUCCACGACAGAUAUUGUCGGCUUGAUGAGAGAAGGACUGCACGUGUCUCAGGGCAAUGUAAAUGUGCAGGAGAGUUGCUUGACCAUGCGUCCUGACCCGCAGGAAUGCCAGAUGUACUGCUAUGACCGCCAUUUUACUCUUUCCGGCCCUAGUUGGAAAGGGAAUUUGGUGGUCACAACACUGAGCCUCCCUAUUGCAAAUAACUUCCGCGUCGAGCAUCUUUCGGCGGAUCAAGUAUUUCGCUCUCUUGCAUGUGAUGUUUCUAAGGGGGAAAACUGGGUAUACAUCUUCUUGAUAGACAAAAGCGAGGACAACGCAAACUACAUCUUGGACGACACUCCUUUGGAAGGUUUAUGGCCAUGGCCUCGUAAGGAACAUAUCAUCCAAGGAAUGAAGCAAGAAGAGGAAGCGGUUCAAGAGGAAAUAAGAGAAGGCGAGAUCCUUGACCUGCUCUGA